AUGGAGGGCGUAGAGGUCCAACCACACAUCCAGCUGCGCAAGGGGCAGGUUCAACCCGUAGUGCUUACUAUGGGGGACCCCAAGCGCGUCGAUGAGGCUAACUACGACCCCACCGGCCGUGUGGUUGCUGAGGGAAAGAAGAAGAUGCUUACGGUAGCAAUCCGUGCUUGUGCAGACUUAACAAAGGAAUUUUCAAGCAAAUAA